AUGACGGUGGAGUCGACGGCCGGGCAGGGCAAGAGAACCAAAGAGAGCAACACGGAGAGCAGGAAUGAGAUGAUGCAAGACGAUUCUAUGGAGGAUGUCUUCCUUGACACGGAGCAUGGAAGGGAUACGAGCAUUGAGAUCGACCACCCCAGCCGUUCCGUCACAGACCAUUCGGGGUGGUUCCCGGCGAACCCCUCGCCGAACCUCGUUGCGAUCUUCGAGGAGGACGAAGACUUCAACUCGGCCAAGCACGAGACGCAGAUGUGGUCCUCCCGGCUGACGUACCUCAUCGCGUCCGUGGGAGGAGCUGUCGGCAUCGGCAACGUGUGGAGGUUCCCGUUCCUCUGCUACAGGAACGGCGGGGCAACAUUCCUCAUCCCUUACUUCCUAUCCCUCUUUGCCCUCGGCAUCCCUCUCUGGAUCCUCGAGUCCUCCCUGGGGCAAGGGAUCGGCAAGAGCUCCCUCGGAUGCUUCCGAGACCUGUCGAGGAGGUGGAAGGGGCUGGGCUGGCUCAGCUUCGUUGCAAACCAAGGGAUCUGUAUCUAUUACUGUGUGGUGCUCGCAUGGAGUCUGCGGUACCUCGGCGCUGGCAUGAGCGCUGGGCCCAUCCCCUGGGCCGGAGGGAGCGGGACAGAAUACUUCCAGUCGGAGAUCCUGCACAACGCGUACGUGUGCUGGCAGAGGAACGGAACGGUAGACUGGAGUAAGGUAGGGGAAGCGCGUUCUUGGCACGAGGAGGUUUAUCCGCUCAGUCUCCUGGUGAACCAGUCGAGGCUGCAUCAGACGGACAUCCUGGACUACACGCAGGCAGAUGAGAUGAGGAGGAGGUUCGGGCUCAGAUGCCACGAGACUGGAUUCCACCAGCAGGGGAGAAUCAUAGACGAGAAUGUCACGUCGCUUCUAGUGAUAUGGCUGGUGGUGCUCGUCAUGGUUUUCUACGGCACCAAGACGCUCAAGUGGUCAGUGUACCUCUCCAUCCCGCUGCCCUACAUUGUCCUCGUUGUCAUCUUCUUCCGCGGGGUCACCCUGGAAGGAGCCAGCGAUGGGAUCCGGUUCUACCUCCAGCCGGACAUGGAGCGACUUUUCUACGAUCGCGUUAACCCGGAGACGGGAGAAGUCCAGACGGCCAUCGACGUCUGGAUCAACGCGGCGUCCCACAUCUUCUUCACCUUCGGGCUUGCGGAGGGAAUCCUCAUCACCUACGCCUCCUACAACCCGCCACACUUCCACAUCCCCUCCAACGCAGCUGUGAUUGCCUUUACCAACUGCGCGACUGAGUUCUUCUCCGGCUUCUGUGUCUUCUCCAUCCUUGGCUACAUGGCGCACAAGAAGGGGGUCGCGGUCGAGGACGUGGUGGCAGGAUCUCCUUCCCUUGUCUUCGAGACCAUCCCUGAGGCAUUGUCGCUCAUGCCCUCGCCCAAAGUCUUCAACUCUCUCUUUUUCAUCAUGCUCCUCCUCCUCGGAAUCACUUCAGCCACCACCAUCGUCGAAGUUUCGGUCUCUAUCCUCCGCGAUCAGUGCAGGGAGAUGAUCCAGCGGGGAGGAGCGUGCUCGGGGCUGGGCCGGCUGAUCAUGAAGAAGACCUGGUUCCUGCCCUGCAUCGUCAGCGUUCUAUCCUUCCUACUCGGCCUUCUCUUCUGCAGGAGAUCGGGAUCGCUGUGGGUCGACCUGGUCGACGGCUCCAUCUCCAACUUCCUCCUCACCCUCAUCGGCUUCUGCGAGUUCGUCCUUGUCGCCUGGAUCUUCGGGAUGCCCAAUGUUCGCCUGCUCCUCCAUAGGAGGAUCGCCUGGUUCCCCAAGUCCCUGCUGGGCUUCUUGUGGAAGUAUGUCGGUCCUGUCACCACCUUCGUCCUCCUCGUGGCAGGAGUCAGGUAG